AUGCCUACCAUUGCCGUCGACAAGUACGACCUCUUCGAGGCUCUCGGUCAAAAGUAUACCACCCAGGAGUUCGAGGAGCUCUGCUUCGAGUUCGGCAUCGAGCUGGACGAGGACACCGAGAACGAUGACCGCCCCAUUGUCAACGGCGUCCAGGAGCCGCCCCAGCUCAAGAUCGAGAUCCCCGCCAACCGCUACGACAUGCUGUGCUUCGAGGGCAUCGCCCUGAUGCUCAACAUCUUCCGCGGCAAGCAGGCCACCCCCAACUUCAAGCUCGUCGAGCCCCCCGCCGCCGGCCUCCAGACCAUCACCGUGUCCCCGGACACCACCAAGAUCCGUCCCCUGGUCGCCGGCGCCAUCCUGCGCAACGUCAACUUCACCCAGAAGAAAUACGAGUCCUUCAUUGCCCUGCAGGACAAGCUGCACCAGAACCUGGCCCGCCAGCGCACCCUCGUCGCCAUUGGAACCCACGACCUCGAUACCGUCAAGGGCCCCUUCACAUACGAGGCCCUGCCACCCCGUGACAUCGAGUUCACCCCUCUCAACCAGACCAAGAAGAUGAACGCCGAGGAGCUGAUGCAGUUCUACGAGAAGGACAGGCAUCUGGGGAGGUAUCUGCACAUCAUCAAGGACAGCCCCGUCUACCCCGUCAUCUACGACGCCAACAGGACCGUCUGCUCCCUGCCGCCCAUCAUCAACGGCGAGCACUCCAAGAUCACCCUCAACAGCAAGAACGUCUUCAUUGAGUGCACCGCCACCGAUGCCACCAAGCUCGACAUUGUCCUGAACAUGAUGGUGACCAUGUUCUCCGUCUACUGUGAGGAGCCCUUCACAAUCGAGCCCGUCAAGAUCAUCUCGGAGCACAACUCGCAGACCCGGACCACACCCAACCUGUCCUCCCGGACCACCGAGGUGGAAAUCGACUAUUUGAACGCCUGCCUCGGCAUCAACGAGACCCCCGAAAGUAUCUCCAAGCUUCUUGCCAAGAUGUCCUUGUCCGCCAAGCCUUCGUCCAAGAAGGAUACCGUAGAAGUUUCCAUCCCGCCCACAAGAGCUGACAUUCUCCAACGUUGCGACAUCAUGGAGGAUCUCGGCAUUGCCUACGGUUUCAACAAACUUCCUCGCAUGUCGGUCAACAGGACCGUCGGUUCACCUCUGACCAUCAACAAGUUGGGCGAUAUCAUCCGUCUGGAGUGCGGUAUGGCAGGCUGGUCCGAGGUCAUGCCCCUAAUCCUGUGCAGCCACGACGAGAACUUUGCCUGGCUGAACCGAAAGGAUGACGGCAAGACGGCCGUCAAGCUGGAGAACCCCAAGACGUCCGAGUACCAGAUCGUACGGACGUCGCUUCUGCCCGGUCUGCUGAAGACCAUCCGUGAGAACAAGAAGCACAGCGUGCCAAUCAGAGUCUUUGAGACCUCGGAUGUCGUCUUCAAGGACGAGACCGCCGAGCGCAAGGCUCGCAACGAGCGCCACUUCAGCGCCGCCUGGUACGGCAAGACGAGUGGAUUCGAGGAGGUCCACGGUCUCCUUGACCGUGUCAUGCUGAUGCUGCGCCAGGGCUUCCUGACGCAUGAGGAGGGCCUCAAGAGCAGCAAGAGCCUCGACUUCCAAGUAGCCCAAGACCACACCCAGCGCGACGGCUACUGGCUGGAGCCCAUUGACGAGGAGACCUUCUUCCAGGGCAGGGCGGCUGCCAUCUACUUGAGACUAGGCGGCAAGGCUACCAGGAUAGGCGAGGUCGGCAUCCUGCACCCUACCGUGCUAGAAAAGUUCGACCUGAACCGUCCCGUCAGUACGCUGGAGAUCAACCUGGAGGUCUUUUUAUAG